AUGUUCCCGAAUCUUGCACUCGUCUCCCUGGGCAUACUCGUGACCUCGACAUUUGGCAUCGAUGUGACUAUAAAUUCCAUCCUCGACGCCGAGAUCAAAGUUGCUUCUACCCAGCUCGACAAGAUGAACUUUCUGUUGAAUAACAAUUUGACUUGGUUCUUCGAUUUCACCACUCAGCCCCACUACACCUACACGCCCGGUUCCGUCGUCAACGCUGAUGCUGCCACAUUCCCUGGUUCAACUAGUUACGGUAUGACGAUAGCGUUAAUUAACUUGGGGCCAUGUGGAAUGUUACCUCCCCAUUACCACCCACGCGGGACGAACUUUGUGGUGGCAGUCGAAGGUGUGACACAGACGUGGAUGAUUGAGGAGAAUGGGGCAAAGAUCGUCAAUCAAACGUUGAGGCCGUGGCAGAUGACAAUUUUCCCGAGGGCAAGCAUUCACAGAUGCACUAACGCAACUCUUGUGUCGGCGCUGGAUUCGGAGGACGCAGGAACACAGAACAUUCUUAAUGGGUUUGCACAAUUGCCGCCGGAUAUAAUGGCAGCAGCUUUUGGCAAUCCAUCAGGAGGAUUCAAUCUUCCUCCUAUACCAGAUGUUGGCACUGGCAGUAUACUUGGAUCUGCAGCGUGCCUGGCAGCUUGCAAAGGGAAAAUGUGA